CCAAUUCCUCCAAAGCUUUGAAAACAAACUAUUUUCUCUCCCAAAUAUUUGGCAUACUAAGAAACACACAAUAAUGCCUUACCAUAAUGGUAUGCAUCACAACAACAAAGUUGUUGAAGACAAUGAGGCUCUAACAUACCAAACAUACCCUUGUGGUUACUAUGUCCAAAGCCCCUCUACACUCUCCCAUGCCAAUAGUGUAGACAUAAGAAACAAUCUUCAAAACGAUGCGGAAUCAACUUUUCACUCCCCGGUUCGAUCUGAAACCCAUCCAACAAACCCUACUCACGAAGACGAACCAUCUAGGUUCGCCCUUCGCCGCUACUCCUCUUCUCGAGGCUCUAGCCACUCUUUCACACAUCACAAGAAGAUCUCUUACGACGGCACUGCCACUGAAAACGACGAUGCACACCAUCUGGUAAUCGUCGAUGACAAAGGCAGUGUCAUUAGUGAUGAAGAAGAGAAAGGAUUGUUUGAUGAGUAUUAUUAUGGAAAGAAUGAAGGAGGUUGGAAGAAGUACUUCUCUUAUGGUUACUCUGAUUCUUGUGCUUGGUUAUGGUUGCAAGUGAGUUGGAGAAUUAUGGUGAGUUUUGGAUUUGCAUUGCUUGUGUUCUACAUUGUUACAAAACCUCCACCACCAAAAUUCUCCCUUGAGAUUGCAAGGAUUCCAGAAUUUAAACUAGGGGAAGGUGUGGAUAGAACUGGAGUAACAACAAAGAUUCUGACAUGCAAUUGCUCCAUGAAUUUAAUCGUAGAGAAUGAAUCAAGAUUCUUUGGUCUUCAUAUUCGUCCUCCCCUAAUGGAUAUGAAAUUUUCAAUCUUACCAUUUGCAUUUUCAAAUGGACCUAAGCUCUAUGCAGAAAGUGGGUUAACAAUCUUUACAUUACAAUUGGGGGUAAAGAAUAAGGCCAUGUAUGGUGCUGGAAGAAGCAUGCAAGAUAUGCUAGAUUCUGAAAGAGGGGUGCCAAUAGUGAUACAAGUAACUUUAAGUUCAAGUUUUGAAGUGGUGCCAACACUUGUAAAGCCCAGGUUUCAUCACCGAGUUGAAUGUAUAGUGGUUCUCAAGAAGGCUUACAAUAAAAAACAUCGAUCCCAAGCAUUUAAUAGCACUUGUAAAGUAACUUCUUAAUCAAAUGUGUCUUUCAAGUUCUCUAUAAUACUCUCUCUGUCCCUUCUUUUCUUUUUUCCACGUAUAUUAAAAAAUGUAGUUGAAGAAUUAAAUGUAUUUAUUUUGUAUGUA